AUGGUGGGCUUCAUCACCGAACUGAGGUCCAUCAGCCUCGUGUGUCCCGUCAUCGUGAUGAAAACCACCACCCUGCAGCCCCAGGACCAAUCCGUUAACCCGGCUUCCUCCCAUGCCAUUGUGACCACCCUCUUUUCCUCUGGUAAAGACCAUUCACAUCACAUUGAUCGUGAGUACCCCCAAGGCAACAAGAUAUAUCAAAGGGAAUCCAGCUUCCAUGGUGAAUCCCCCCACCAUGGUGAGGAACUAUCCAACAAUCCCUCUAGUGGAUAUCGUCGCCACAGUGGUGCCUCCCAUCAAGGCGAGAUCCCCCAGGGUGAAACAUACCACCAAGACGAGCCUGUCUACUAUGAAGAGUUCCACAACCACCAUGGUGAGACCCCCCAAUUUGGUAGGCGACUUCCUCGCCGUGGAGAGACCUAUUCCCACCAAUCCAAUGAGGGGUCCUUCUGUAGUAGCUUCCAUCACCCUCGUGGUGAGCACCACCACAGCAAAUACCAUCACAGUGAACGUCUCCGCCAUGGCGAGCAUCCGCACCGUGGUGGGCACCACCAUGGACAGCCUCACCACAGUGAGCAUCAUCGCCGUGAACAUCUCCGCCGUGAACAUCAUAUCCCCGAUGCGGAGUACCACCAUGGUACCUACCAAGUCUCUGGACCCUAUCUGUCCUCCAGCACAGUAACAAACCUCCACCGUGAUAUGUCACGCAUCAGGAGCUCGGGUCAGUUUGUACCUCCAUCCCUCAGUGUAAUUCACUCACGCAGCUCCCAGACCCUCAGCAAAGUCCAUCCCCAGGCUGCUUUCACCUCAGAAGUGGAAAACUGGUGUGAAGAUGAACAAUUUCAGAAGCGCAAAAUUGGCCGGACUCAGCGAGCUCACAAGAAACGUACUGAGUACCUGACCCAGUUGCUGUGGGAAAAGCUAAGCUUUUUGAUUCAGUGGCUCCGGGAAAGGCUCCUGCAUCUGACAGAGACCAUGGCCUUUGAAAUCUUCAUCUUCUUCAUCAUCUGCCUCAACACCACCAUGAUGGUGGCCCAGACCUUUGCUGAGGUUGAAGUCCGGGGUGAGUGGUACUUCAUGGCCAUGGACUCAGUCUUCUUAUGCAUUUACGUAGUGGAAGCUGUGAUCAAAAUCAUAGCCCUGGGUUCCAAGUAUUUUCAUGACGCCUGGAACAAUCUAGACUUCUUCAUCAUGACCAUGGCCUUCCUGGACUUCCUGCUCAUGCAGCUCAAUGCCUCCUUCCUGACCAACUUAUACAACCAGAGCAACGUCCGGCUCCUCAAGGUCCUCAAGAGCCUGCGGGCCCUAAGAGCCAUCAGGGUCCUACGGAAGUUCAGCAUCCUGAACAGCCUUCAGGAACUGACGGGGACUCUGGCCCCAUCCCUGCCGUCCAUCACAGCCAUCCUCAUUCUCAUGUUCACCUGCCUCUUCCUCUUCUCUGUGGUGCUCCGGGCACUGUUCCGCCAUUCGGACCCCGUACGCUUCCAGAACCUCUUCACCACCCUCUUCACCCUCUUCACCAUGCUCACUCUGGACGACUGGUCCUUCAUCUACUUGGACAGCCGGUCUCAGGGAGCCUGGUACAUCAUUCCCAUUCUCAUGGUUUAUAUCAUCAUCCAGUACUUCAUCUUCCUCAACCUGGUGAUUGCAGUCCUGGUGGACAAUUUCCAGAUGGCCCUGCUCAAAGGCCUGGAGAAAGUGAAGCUAGAGAGGGCUGCCCGAUUCCAAGAGAAGCUGUUGGACGAUUCACUGACGGAACUCAGCAAAGCAGAGCUUGAAGAGCAGAGUGAAGAGACUCAUAAGCAACUCAUUGAGAAGAAAUUUGGGGACAUGACUGAAAAGCAGAAGGAGCUGCUGUUCCAUUUCCUGCAGCUGGUGGCUGGGGUGGAACAUCAUCAACAGAAGUUCCGGUCCCAGGCAUGUGUCAUCGACAAGAUUGCGGACACUGCCUUUGAGGCUGGAGAAGAGGAUUUCAGGAAGUGA